UUUAAAAGGAGAGGAAACAUAGGAUUAGAAUCAGUUUGAGGCAGUCAGUGAAAUCUAUCAAAACCCUCUCUUUCUCUCUAUCUCUUAGGUUUUCUUUUCUCCUUUUUCGCUGUCACUUUCUUCUUCUUUCUCAACAAUGACUAGCAACAAAGAAGGUUUCAACAUCGCAGAUCUCAGUUCUGCUCUCAAUGAAGAGGAUCGUGCUGACCUAGUUAACGCUCUCAAGAGUAAGAUUCAGAGUCUUGCUGGACAGCACUCUGAUGUUCUAGAGAGUCUAUCCCCUGUUGUAAGGAAGCGUGUUGAGGUUCUCAGAGAGAUUCAGGGUGAACAUGAUGAAUUGGAGGCUAAGUUUUUGGAGGAGAGAGCAGCUCUUGAAGCCAAAUACCAAAAAUUGUAUCAACCAUUGUACACAAAGCGAUAUGACAUUGUGAAUGGUGUCACUGAAGUGGAAGGGGCAGCAAUGGAAACUACAGCUGAUGCAGAAGAGGACAAUGAGAAAGGAGUUCCUUCGUUUUGGCUCAAUGCUAUGAAAAACAAUGAUGUGUUAUCUGAAGAGGUUACGGAGCGCGAUGAAGCUGCUCUCAAGUUUCUCAAAGAUAUCAAGUGGAGCAGGAUUGAUGACCCGAAAGGGUUCAAGCUUGAGUUCUUCUUUGAUACCAAUCCAUAUUUUUCAAACUCGAUCUUGACGAAGACAUAUCAUAUGGUUGAUGAGGAUGAACCUAUAUUGGAGAAAGCAAUUGGGACUGAAAUUCAAUGGCUUCCUGGAAAAUGCUUGACACAAAAGGUUUUGAAGAAAAAGCCCAAGAAGGGUGCAAAGAAUGCUAAACCAAUUACCAAAACUGAAACUUGUGAAAGCUUCUUCAACUUUUUCAAUCCACCAGAAGUCCCUGAAGAUGAUGAAGACAUUGAUGAAGAUAUGGCUGAGGAACUUCAGAAUCAGAUGGAACAGGACUACGACAUUGGGUCAACAAUAAGAGAUAAGAUCAUCCCCCAUGCUGUAUCAUGGUUUACUGGAGAGGCUGCUCAGGGAGAGGAGUUUGGAGACCUGGAUGACGAAGAUGAUGAUGAAGACGAUGAUGCUGAGGAUGAUGAUGAAGACGAGGACGAGGAUGAGGACGAAGACGACGAUGAAGAUGAGGAAGAGACCAAGACUAAAAAGAAGUCAUCUGCUAAGAAGAGCGGAAUAGCUCAGCUUGGCGAGGGUCAGCAGGGUGAAAGGCCACCAGAGUGCAAGCAGCAAUAGUUUGUUUCUUCGGAGUAUUAUGCUGCUGAAAGUUGUUUUGGGGUCCUAGUGCCUGAUGAAAAAGGAUUGCAAUUUCAUGUGGUUUUUCAUGGCCCUUGAUUCAUUUUCCUACCCUUAGUUUUUAUAGUCUGAAUUUAUCGAGUCUUUUUCUCUUUUUCGUCUCUACUUUUGGAGAUGGUUGUUAUAUAGUCAGGGGUGUUGUGAUUUAUUGGUACUUCAAUUCAUAGGUAUGCUUCCCAGAUACUUAAAGUUUGUGCUUCAUUAUUACCAAUAUUUCUGGUAUACACUCAGAUUGGCAAAUCAAUGCUACAAGUUUUUGUGUGGGAAGAAAAUUUGUUAUAAUUUUUUUCGUAAUGAGCAUGUUUUGAUUCUGAUUA